CCGCAUUACGUCAUUGAAACAGACCUUGCUGUAGCAGGCAAGACGAGAGCCGAACUGAAUUCGGUUGUAGUUCGUACUUACAGCUGCUAUAUGGUCAAAACCAGCGACACUGUAGUUUGAUAUCAAUAACAUGUAUUGUUAUUGUGCAGGCAGACAAGGGGGACACCACAGUUUCAGCUGCAAACAAUUUUCGCGAUGAUGCCGUGGAAGCCUGAAUGAUUGAGGACCAUAGCAGCAGCACUAUGGCAGACAGAAGACAAAUGUUUGCCGAGAUGCGUGCUCUAGAGUUGGAUUCCAUCAGGUUGUCCACCUACAGAACGGCAUGCAAGCUCAGAUUUGUUCAGAAGAAGUGUAAUUUGCACUUGGUGGAUAUCUGGAAUGUAAUUGAAGCAUUCCGAGAGAAUGGCCUUAACACCAUGGACCUCAACACUGAGUUUUCAGUGGCCCGACUUGAAGCAAUAUUGUCUACCAUCUUUUACCAGCUGAACAAGCGCAUGCCCACCACACACCAGAUCAAUGUGGAGCAGUCCAUCUUGCUACUGCUCAACUUCUUGUUGGCUGCUUAUGACCCGGAGGGUCAGGGCAAGAUUUCAGCAUUUGUGGUGAAGAUGGCCCUUGCAACAUUAUGUGGGGGAAAGAUUUCGGACAAAUUAAGAUAUAUUUUUUCUCAGAUAGCGGACCCCAAAGGAAUAAUGAUUUAUUCGCAAUUUGACCAGUUCCUAAGGGAGGUGCUUAAGCUGCCUGUCACAGUUUUUGAAGGACCAUCUUUUGGCUACACUGAGCAGACCACCAGAACAUGCUUUCCACAACAGAAACAGAUUUCCUUGAACAUGUUCCUGGAUGCCUUCAUGUCUGAUCCUCCUGCCCAGUGUCUCGUCUGGUUGCCCCUCAUGCAUCGGCUUGCUAAUGUGGAGAAUGUCUUCCACCCAGUGGAGUGCUCCUACUGCCACAGCCAGAGCAUGAUGGGAUUUCGUUACCGCUGCCAACAAUGUCAUAAUUACCAGCUCUGUCAGGAGUGCUUCUGGAAGGGCCAUGCCUCCGGCUCCCAUAGCAACCAACACCAGAUGAAAGAAUACACAUCCUGGAAAUCUCAUGCAAAGAAGUUGUCAAAUGCCCUGAGUAAGUCUCUGAGCUGUGCUUCCAGCCGAGAGCCACUACAUCCCAUAUACCCUGAUGCUCCUGAGAAACCUCUAAACCUUGCUCAUAUUGUGGACACUUGGCCUCCAAGGCCAGUGAACAGUGGGAAUGAGUACAUGUUGUGUCACUCCAUGCCUUCAACUAGCAACCCUUACUCCAGCAGAGUAGGUGCAAAUGAUGAUGUGAAACAGAGAAAGCUCCUGGCUAGAGCUGCCCCGGACCUUUUGAAAGGGAAAGGGGUUCAGUACAGCUUUGAUAUUGCAGACAGACUUGCAGAUGAACAUGUCCUCAUUGGGCUAUAUGUGAACCCCCUCCAAAAGAGCCGCUCAUGCUUGCUGGAAAGUAGUGGUAGUAACCAGGAUGAUGAGCACUGUCUCAUCGCCCGCUAUGCUUCCCGAUUGGCUGCUGACCGAACAUCAGUGCAAGCCAGAGCCCCAGGUGAGAUCUCUGUGUCCCUGGACACGAACAAACAACAGAGGCAGCUCAUUGCUGAGCUGGAAAGCAAAAACAAGGAGAUACUGCAGGAGAUUCAGCGCUUGAAGCAGCAGCAUGAUGAAGCAUCUCAGCCACCAGCUGAUAAAGGCCAGCAAAAUCCUACACUGCUUGCAGAGCUCAGACAGCUUAGACAGAGGAAAGAGGAGUUAGAACAGAGGAUGUCUGCUCUUCAGGAGAGUCGAAGAGGACUCAUGGUGCAGCUGGAGCAGCUCAUGCUACUGUUAAAGAUUCAAGGCCCUGCAUCCUCCCCUCGCUCUUCCCCAAGCCACACAGUGAGCAGCUCCAUUCCGAUGCCUGUCCAGUCAACAUCUGGUAACACUACGCCCAGUCAAAUACCUCAGGAUUCGCUCAUGGGCCUAGGAGGAGACGUGCAGCAGGCCUUUGCUCAGAGCUCCAGACGCAACUUAAGAAAUGACCUGCUCGUGGCUGCAGACUCCAUAACCAGUACAAUGUCUUCACUGGUUAAAGAGCUCCACUCAGAGGCGGGCAGCGAGAGUGACAGUAAUGUUGAUACAGAAACUGAAUGCUCAAAGUUUGAUGACUUCACAUCUGCCGCUGCAGAAAGCCUGUCUGCACAACUCGGCCACUCCAAAGCAUGCAGGAUGACAAGUGAAGAAGGCUACGAGAACACAUUAGAGCAGCAGCUGGAGAAGGAGUUGAGAAUGGAGGAGCAAACAGCAGCAGGAGAAAGUCUACAUGGUGACUUUGCGACAGUGGCUCUGUUUUAAUAGUAAUGGCAGGAGAGGAUAAGGCAGUAAUGAAGCACUGCCCAGCAUCAACACGAGGCUCACAGAGCACAUUUCUACUGAAUCAGACAAGCACUAACACCACUACUGUAAAUACACAAGUAUCUUUAUGGAUCCUACAAAAUGAUUUAAGAAAAUAAAUACUGUGAACUGACUCAGAGGUUAUGCACAGUAACACCACUAGUGCCAUAAAACCAAAUAGCAGGAGGUUAUUUUAUGUACUUUUUGUGAAUGUGUGAGCUUUUUUUAAGUACUGUAUUUUUAAGAAGUGGUGGGCAAAUCAGGCUUAACAAAGCUGCUAUGUUUAAAAAUAGCCUACAUGUUGAUCCUCACACUGAAAAUCCAGGCUGCAUUUGCCUGCCACAUUUGUUUCUCAGUAUUACCUAAAAAAUUAAGUUAGGAAUGAUGUAGUAGUGAUGAAGUAGUUUGGUUUUCACUUCAAGUGUAAUGCCUUGAGAUUUUAAGGUAGUGUUUGAUAUAUACAUCCCAAAUGACUAUGCUGCCUUAGCUGAUCAGAUUGUCUGUCAAAAAAAAAAUUGAUCUUAGAGUUUACAAUCAUGUUUCAAAUUAUAUUGCUAUAAAAUACUUUGAAACAUUGUGAUUUGCCAUGUCAUUUUACUGGAAGGCUUACAUUUGCGUGCAGUCAUUUAACUUAAUGAAUUUUAAGUGGUAGGGGAAAUCAGUACCGUCCAAUUUGUUGAAGUUCUUUUAUACUGAAUCCAAUACAUGGAACAGAAGUUUUAAAAGAUACAGAGAGCUGCCCAAGGAGAUUAGAUAUGAGAUAAUCCUCUUGCAUAAGGAAAGUGAAAGGAAAAUGAGUGAAAAGAUAAACAGUACUUAAAGCUUUCAUCUUGAGGCAUAGGAAAAAAUCAAGCUCCGCUCUUGCUUCAGAUCUGUAAAAAUCCACAGGUGUCCAUCCUUCAACAGUGAAAAGACAAAUCAGCACUAUGGGUCUGAAAGCAUGUGUACCCGUCAAGAAGUCAUUUCUCAGAAAAGGAACUAGACAAAAAAGAAAAUUUGCAGAUCAAACAGUGAAGCUGCUGGUAUUCUCAAAACAGUUGACUGGCUACAUUAUUGAAAGUGUUUGGGAUUACUUGAAUCAUGGGAAGCAGAAAAUGCAACAAGUCUAACUUUGGAGGUGAAGAAAAAUAUCCUUGGAGACUUCUUUAAAAAACUGAAAACAAAUCUCCUGAAGGGAAUGGAAGAUGUAAUGAAGGCAAAGGGUGAAAAGAAUUUGAUAUUAUAUUGUAGUUGUUAAGACUACGGUGUAAUUAUCUGUUAAAUAUAUGUUUUCUGCUUUUUUUCUGAUGCUGUGAAUAUUUUGUACAUGGUGGCCAUUUUGACUGAAGAUUAAAUGAAGGAAGGACUUUUGCACAGUACUGUAUAUAAAUUCUACACAUUCUUUCCUGAUAGUAGUGAUUUCUUUUAGAAAAACAGUGCACUGGGAAAGAGCAGUUACUCAACGAUUUGCUGAACAUGACAACAAUAGAAAACAUAUGGCAUUACCCUUUCAGCCACCAGAUCAGACCAGUCAAUGAUGACAAAAUGGGAGAUUCUUUGGAGAAUAAUUGCAAGGGUACAGUAAUGGCUUACAUCAGCUGUUUUUUUUCAUAUACUUUGUCUAAGUUACUCAAAGAUUCCCAUUUCUUUUGCGUUUACUAUAAGUUAAAUAUGUAACUCAUUCUGAAGGCAGGUACUAAGUGAAUAUGAGUUUGUUGAUGCUCAUUUUUCCAUAAUUCUGCUCAGGGGAGGCAUUCAUUCACCAAAAUGCUGACAGAGUAAUCAAUACAAAGAGAAUUACAUUGGCAUCUAAUAGAAGUAUGAAGUUUGGCAGACUUUUUAAAUCACUUUAAAUGAUACUGACACUCUUUAGCUUCACUUACUUUUCAAGCACAGCAAUUGUGAAAUGUCUUAUUCCAGUCUCUGGUAAACCAGUGUAACAUCCACAUCCACAUUGAGAAAUACUGUACCUUUAUCAUUUUGAACUGGUUUGUUACAUUUUGCAUGGCACAAAAAUAAAGAGAUUACAUUGCA